CUCAUUAUCUGGCAAACGGAGUGGCAGCGGACAGAAGAGAGGGGAUCCCCGGGAUUUUUACACUGAAGCCAGCGUAAUACUAACAUCAAACAUCUGAAAAUCGCAGGGGGAAACUCGGUCAAGCUCCUCCCAGACUUCGGUGAGAGCAGCCAUGUCAGAGGAGAAGGUGCGUCAAACGCGCAGCCAAAAGCGGGCUCUGGAGAAGGACCAUGAUGCUCCUGAGGAGACCCUGGAGGACCUGGACAGUAAACGGGUAAAGCUGGAGAAAGGUGAUGCAGCCGAAGCUCCCCUGGCCCUGGAUGGAUCUGAACCUGAGGGAGACCAGCUAAAGGAGCAGCCUGCUAAAGUAGCAAACAGCAUCCUAAAAACCGGGGAAGUGAAGGCCACUAUAAAGGUGGAGGUGCCGACUGGAGACGAGCCUGUUGACAUGAGCACAUCUAAAAGUGACAUUAAGAAUGAGCGUCAGCCGGCAUCGCCUGAUGAUGUGAUCGUGUUGUCCGACAACGAGCCAUCCAGUCCUGUCAUGAACGGCCACUGCUUACCUGACACGGAUAAACUUAUGAAGAGUUCUCCUGAGGAGAGGGAGCGCAUCAUCAAACAGCUGAAGGAGGAACUCAGACUCCAAGAGGCCAAGCUGGUGCUGCUGAAGAAACUACGACAGAGCCAGAUUCAGAAAGAGAGCACCGUGCAAAAGUCGUCUGGCUCUGUAGCCACACCUCCUCCUCUGGUGAGAGGUAGCAUGACAUCCAGCAAAGGACCCCUUCAGGCGACAGGUCGAAGCUCAGGCACGGUGAUCCCUCCUCCUUUGGUGCGGGGUGGGCAACACAUCCCGUCCAAACACAACUCUCAGAUUUCCAUGCCACCCCUGGUCAGAGGGGCCCAGCAUAUUGCGAUUACUCCCCAGCAGAUAGCCAGUCUACGUCAGCAGCAGCAUCAGCACAGCGGCUCAGGCCCCCCCCCACUCUUGCUGGCUCCCAGGGCUUCUGUGCCAAAUGUCCAGGUCCAGGGCCAGAGGAUCAUUCAGCAGGGACUCAUUCGGGUGGCUAAUGUGGCCAACAGUAAUGUCAUGGUCAACAUCCCUCAGGCUUCUCCAACCAGCCUCAAAGGCUCUUCAGGGUCACCCAACUCUAACAUCAAUGACUCCCCAGCCAGCAGGCAGGCGGCUGCUAAGCUUGCUCUGCGUAAGCAGCUGGAGAAGACGCUGCUGGAGAUCCCUCCGCCUAAACCUCCCGCACCUGAGUUCAACUUCCUGCCUUCAGCAGCCAAUAAUGAGUUUAUCUACCUGUUGGGGCUGGAGGAGGUGGUGCAAAAACUUCUGGAGAUGCAUGGCAGGGGUAAUCUGGGCCCAGCUGCUGCCAUUGCCAGCUCCAUUCCCAAAGAGCCAUACACCUGCGCCCAGUGUAAGACAGACUUCACUUCCCGCUGGAGGAAGGAGAAGGCUGGGACCAUCCUCUGUGACCAAUGCAUGUCGUCCAAUCAGAAGAAGGCCCUGAAGGCUGAGCACACCAGUCGGCUGAAGGCGGCCUUCGUUAAGGCACUCCAACAGGAGCAGGAGAUCGAGCAGCGUAUCCUCCAGCAGGCGGCCUCCUCUGCCUCUAAAACCACCUCCUCUACUUCACUCUCCAAGAACGAUGUGCUGGUGUCGCAGCAGUACAAGCAGGUCAGGGCCGCCAUGCAGCACAGGUCUGUGGCUGGACACCACUCCAUCAAGCAGGGUCACAUGUCACACGGCAUCCAGUCGAUGAGUGCUCGUGGGAUGGCCCACUCUUUCACUUCCACCUCUCAGCUGCAGAGUGCGAUGGCGGCAGCAGCGCUGGGCAGCAGGGCGGGUAAGCACGCUGCCGCACGCCCCAUGCAGCAUGGGGGUAAGGUCAGCGCUGGGAGCAGUAACCAGGGCAACGUGGCUAAUUGGAGGAAGCAGACUGGGGGCAACACAGGUGUGACUAUGGCCUAUGUGAACCCCAGCUUGUCUGCCCAUAAGACCACCUCUGCUGUCGAGCGUCAGCGGGAGUACCUGCUGGACAUGAUUCCCUCCCGCUCUAUCUCCCAAGCAGCCAACACAUGGAAAUAAUGCAAUCUUCCCCCCUACUGACAUCAUAACUAUUACCCCUCUUAAUAUCAAUAACAGCCAUUCUCAUGAUCAUUCUAAUCCUUUCUAUGGACUCUGCUUCUGGCCAAAUGGUGCAGGGAAGAAUCAGCCUAAUUUCUUUUUGUUGGAUAGAGGUGUUCCUUCAGCUCUUUCUCAGAUAUUUCUGCAACCAUCUUCCUUACCUGAACCCUUCAUCCCAAACGGAGUUUCGCUGCAACACCGUGGGCUUCUGACCCAAAAGGAAUAUGUCGAAUUGAAUUUGGGUACCUCUUUUGGGGGUUCGGGUUUACAUGGGCGUGUACAAUUUUUUAAAACUUCUCCAGCGAUGUUGCCUCUCCCUCCUUGUAUGUUGGUUGAUCCUCUCUGUUGCACCAAGAGGAAUAACACGCGACCUCCCCUGCCUCUGGAUUAGGCUGGGACAAAAUAAUAAUCGCUCGUACACACGUUCAAAUCUUCGCCUUACGUCCUCCCCCUCUCCAGUCUGAGCCCGUCAGACUCAGGCCCGUGUGGUGGCCGAACUGAACUUUACUGAAGACCUCACCGCAGGGAUUGUGGUUGAGCUUCGAGGACCAUCCACCAUAAUAACUGCUUCAGCUUUGCAAAAAAAGAAAAGACUAAAAAAUAUCUUUAUCUGCACACAGACUUCCUCUUCUCUCAAACCCACAGCGUGUAUAGUAGAGAAGCUGACGUGUGUUUUUGUAUGGCUGAAUGUUAGGAUUUUGUCUUUUCAUCUGUAAGUCAUAUACUGUGUUUGGAAUAUUGUGCUCCCUGAUACUUUGGAAGUGGCCUCUUGUCGAGGUCUGAAUUUACAGGCUAAUGUUACUGUUGAGGUGGUUUUACAUCUGCUGGGUUCCAUGUUGUGACCUACUUUUAAAUACUUUGUUUUUUUCUUAAGACAAAGGGGAAGAAUAAAGAUAAGGGUUUCACUAAAUCAUGUAAAGACACGGAGCAUAUGUUUGGAGGACUAUUCGUAUUGAAUAUUGUCAAAAAAGAAAAAAAACUUCCAAAGAACUAGUGGAGCCCAAAUGGAAUCCCUUCUGCUAGAAGGCGUCUAGUUUAUUUGAACCCUCUCUGGAUAUAAACAUGAAUUCAUGCUAGACUGAGGGGGUGUAAGUAAUGUCAUAUUUUUGACAUUGUUUUGCUUUUAGAUAUAGGUUGUGGUGCAUUAUUUCUUUUCUUCUAUAGACAAACUGUCUCUGGGUUUAUUUAUAGGGUCAUGUUAGUAAAGAUAUAUGCUUAUGCCCUAAGUUUGAAUGGAUCUCCACCCAAAAUGAUUUGUUUUCUCUUGUGUGUCCAGUGGCUCCCACUCACCCUACGAUUGGUCUUAGAGAAGCUGGACAGCUUUCAGAAUGUAGUUAUGCAAAAACCCCUAUAGCAACAAAUGACAUGAACUUCUUAGUCUUUAACAUUAAGGUGUGUAUGAUUUAUGUCGGGUCCUUGAAUUGAUCUAAAUAUGCCUUUCACAUGAUCUAUAGUGCAUUUUAUCAGGUUGCAGCAGCACAGGAUAAGCUAGAGAAGUCCAUUACUACAUUCAACAGAGGAAUGCCAAAUGCUCGUGGAGAUAUUUUAAAAACUGUCUUUAAUUUCAGUCACUGUGGUGGUCCACGCAGACAUUUGUGUGGACAAUUGGAACUAAAUUCAAGAUUAAGGCAGGGUAACAAUGAUUGUGCAUAUUUUAAAAUCUGGAUGUUUUGAUAGCAAUAUGUUAAAAAAAAAAACCCUCAAUCCCAGCUGACAGUAGAGGCGGACCAUCCCUGCAGUUAUUUUCUCCAUAUCAAGUUUCUAUCGGUUUUAAUUUUCUCACAGAAACAAUGGGGAUGAUGAUGAUUUAAAUGUCUAUGUAAUUACACACCUAGAUUCUUGCUGCCCUGUUGCCUCACUUUUGAUUUCAUAAUUUAACCAUGAUGUGAUAAUCUAAUGCGACAUUGUCAGGAUGUGUGUCCUGUAUCCUGGGUGCGCUGUUCAGCUCUCUGAUCAUCAGGAUACUUAAAGAUGGUGCACUGCGGUUUUUAACUGGGCAGACUUCUAUCCCUCUGUACCGGGGUAUCAUCACUGUAGGUCUCGGGUUCAUUAAGGAUGGUGCAACAACACAGUAUGUACAGAAAUACAAGCAAAUGAAGUUUAAUUUAAAUCGCUUAAGAUUUUGUAUUUCUGUCCCAGAGUAGCAUCGGAAAUCUUCCUGGUAGUCUGUACAUUCCCGACAGGCAGAAGGUAGCAGCCCGCGUCUUGUGGAUGCAAAAAAAAUAAGCAAUCUGGAAAGAGCCCGUCAUUUUGUGCCCUCCUGAGUGUAAGCCUGUGCUGUCCUGACUACUGCCUGCUGCUGUUUGACAACAAAUUCACCAUUCCGUUUGUUUGGGGUCAGAGCUCUGCGACAUGCAGUGCGGCCCAAAUGGAAAAGAAAACAAUGUAUGAGAAGUAUUUGUUUGUUUUUUGGAUUUUUUCUGCUCUAUCAAAUAAUAAUAAAACUAAUUUUAACCCCUC